AUGAUGGAGCCCUGUGAAUACCAUGACUACCGGGCUAGAGGGAAAGAGAUGGUGGAUUACAUCUUCCAGUACCUGAGCACUGUGCGGGAGAGGCAGGUGACUCCAAAUGUGCAGCCGGGAUACCUGCGAGCCCAGCUACCUGCCAGUGCUCCGGAGGAACCCGACAGCUGGGACAGCAUCUUUGGGGACAUUGAACGAGUCAUCAUGCCUGGGGUGGUUCACUGGCAGAGCCCCCACAUGCACGCCUACUAUCCUGCUCUUACCUCUUGGCCGUCCCUGCUAGGAGACAUGCUGGCCGAUGCCAUUAACUGCUUAGGAUUCACGUGGGCAUCUAGCCCAGCUUGCACAGAGCUGGAGAUGAACGUCAUGGACUGGCUGGCGAAGAUGCUGGGGCUCCCAGAGUACUUCCUGCACCACCAUCCCAGCAGCCGUGGGGGAGGUGUCUUGCAGAGCACUGUCAGCGAAUCCACUUUAAUUGCCCUGCUGGCAGCAAGGAAGAACAAAAUCCUAGAAAUGAAAGCGUGUGAGCCCGAUGCUGAUGAGUCCUCCCUGAACGCUCGCCUCGUUGCCUAUGCCUCUGAUCAGGCUCACUCUUCAGUGGAGAAGGCUGGCUUGAUUUCCCUCGUGAAGAUCAGGUUUCUACCUGUGGACGACAACUUCUCGCUCCGAGGAGAAGCUCUCCAGAAAGCCAUUGAGGAAGACAAGCAACGGGGCUUGGCGCCUGUGUUUGUCUGUGCAACAUUAGGGACCACCGGAGUCUGUGCAUUUGACAGGCUGUCAGAGCUGGGGCCCAUCUGUGCCAGUGAGGGGCUGUGGCUCCACGUUGAUGCUGCUUAUGCAGGCACGGCCUUUCUGUGCCCUGAGCUCCGGGGGUUCCUGGAGGGCAUCGAGUAUGCCGACUCCUUCACCUUUAACCCUUCCAAGUGGAUGAUGGUACACUUUGACUGUACCGGGUUCUGGGUCAAGGACAGGUACAAGCUGCAGCAGACCUUCAGUGUGAACCCCGUCUACCUCAGACAUGCCAACUCUGGUGCGGCCACAGACUUCAUGCAUUGGCAGAUCCCCUUGAGCCGGCGCUUUCGCUCCAUUAAGCUGUGGUUUGUGAUUCGGUCCUUCGGGGUGAAGAAUCUUCAAGCACACGUCCGGCACGGUACAGAAAUGGCUAAAUACUUUGAAUCUCUGGUCAGAAGCGACCCUUUCUUCGAAAUUCCUGCUAAGAGGCACCUUGGUUUGGUGGUUUUCCGUCUGAAGGGUCCCAAUUGUCUCACAGAAAGUGUGUUAAAGGAAAUAGCCAAGGCUGGCCAGCUCUUCCUCAUCCCGGCUACUAUCCAGGACAAGCUGAUCAUCCGAUUCACUGUGACGUCCCAGUUUACCACCAAGGAGGACAUCCUGAGAGAUUGGAACCUCAUCCGAGAGGCGGCUAACCUUGUCCUGAGCCAGCACUGCACUUCCCAGCCGAGCCCUCGGGCCAAGAACCUCAUCCCACCACCUCCGGUGACCAGAGGUUCCAGGGACCUGACCAGUGGGCUAUCCCUGGAGUCAGUCAACGAGGGAGGAGAUGACCCAGCACAGUCUCGAAAGAUCAUCAAGCAGCCAGGAGCCGCUCUGGCGAGAAGGGAAGGCGGCUGUGAUCUGGAAACGAUGCUGGAUCCCUUUGAUGAUUGCUUCUCGGAAGAGGCCCCCAGCACCACCAAGCACAAGCUGUCGUCCUUUCUGUUCAGUUACUUGUCGGUACAGAAGAAGAAGAAGACAACACGGUCCCUCAGCUGCAACAGUGUGCCUAUGAGUGCCCAGAAGUCACUCCCCGCAGACGCUUUGGUGAAGAAUGGGGGCUCCUUCCGGACCAGAAUCUUUUCUGGCUUCCCAGAAGAAAUGAUGAUGAUGAAGAAAGGUGCCUUCAAAAGGUUGAUCAAGUUCUACAGCGUCCCCAGCUUUCCUGAAUGCAGUUCUCAGUGUGCUCUCCAGCUACCGUGCUGCCCCCUGCAGGCCAUGGUGUAG